GAACCCAACCCAAGUUGACUCAUUGGAGAAACAUGGGCCACAUAAAGAAAAGUGGUUGCAGGAUGAGGUAGCAGCAGAUGAGAGCCAUGGCCACAGCAUUUACAUCAUCCUCAUCUCCACAGAUUGCAACUUUCCUUUCUUCAAAUUUCCAUUCAAAGUCAUACUCAUACUUGCCUCUUGGAACUAGAACUCUAUCAUCUCUGCCAUCUACCUCACCCAUCAUCAUCCCAUCCAAAAAAUUCAUACUUUUUCACAACCCACUUCAAAGAAAUAACAGACUUGGCCUCAUUCCUCUCGCUGCUGCCACUCCUGCUGAAGAUGUUCUACUUUCGGAAGCCGCGGCGGUUGAUGCUACGGAGCAAUUGGUCUCCAACACCGAUGGUGGGGUGUCAACAGUCAUAUCAGCUCUUCUCUUUGUUGCUUUCAUUGGCCUAUCCAUUCUUACUGUUGGGGUAAUCUAUUUAGCAGUGACAGAUUUCCUGCAAAAGAGAGAGAAAGACAAGUUUGAGAAAGAAGAAGCAGCUAACAAAAGCAAGACGAGGAAGAAGAAGGUGGCAAGAGCCAGGACAGGGCCUAGAGGAUUUGGCCAAAAGAUUGAUGAAAAAGAGGACGACGAUUAGGAUACAAAUAGCAGUAAACACCCUUUUUAGUCUCUGUCAAUAUUUACGAAGUCCUUUUUAGUCCCUGGCAAUAAAAAAGGACGAAAUUGGUCCAUGAAAUUACAAAAAAAGGGUCAUGUUAGUCCUUAUGUCAACUCCCAAAUAUGUAGAGUGACCCUUUUCUUGUACUUUCAGGGACCAAUUUGGUCCUUUUUUAUUGCCAGGGACUGAAAAUGACUUCGUAGAUAUUGCCAGGGACUAAAAAGGGUGUUUACUCUACAAAUAACUUACACCCAUGUCAUUUCAGGUCCUCUGCAUUCUUAUCUUUGAAAUGAGAUUUUGCGUGUACCCUUCUUCUUUUUUUUCUUUUUUAUAUGGUUAGCAAACUGCUUGUCUUCACAAUGUGAUUUCAGUUUCGAAAAGUAAGGAUUUGUUUGGUGAAUAGGAUAGGAUAAGCAAGUGAAUUACCUUGUUCGGAUUGAUGGAAAUGUCGAAUGAUCCAAUGAAGUUUGAUUAAUUU